AUGGCCGAAGAAAUGAUAGACAAUCACUCUAUUGUGGCGGCAAUGUUCACUCGUUAUGACGGGACCUUCCACUGGAGUUUGGCACUUCCUGGCGCCGGAGCUGGGGGCCAAGCUUUGAAAAUCCAUGCGAUCGAUCCCGGUCAAUUCUGGCGGUUCGAUGUUAGCGACCAGGACCUCAUACACUCUGCUAGGUUUCAUAUCCUACGCUGCAAGACUUUUCUGAUGGGUUUGAGACCACGCUUAGGUUCUCGCCGGACGCCUACCCGAACCUUUACCCCCGCAGAGGUCCGCGACCUCCUCCAGGAGAUUCCCAUGGCGACUCCUGUAUUUGAGCUUUCCAGUGUGCAGAGGUUUACCUGCCGCGUAUGGUUUAGACAGGCUAUACGCGUCCUCAUUGAGAAGAGCAUGGUUUACUGCCCGCGCAUAAAGGAUCUAGAGGAUGAGCUCUUGGGACUCGCGACCGCUAACGCUCAGAAUAUCUUCAGCGGGACUGUCCCAUGCUCGUACCGUAUCUCAAAGACUUGUUCCUGGGUCAACAAACGCUUUCCUCCUCUUACCAUUUAG